AUGGGUACUUUUGAAGAGGAGGAUGAAAGCCACAGCUACAGCUACAACUACAGCUACAGCUACAGCUACAGCCACAGCUACAGCUACAGCUACAGCCACAGCUACAGCCACAGCUACAGCCACAGCUACAGCCACAGCUACAGCCACAGCUACAGCCACAGCUACAGCCACAGCUACAGCCACAGCUACAGCCACAGCUACAGCUACAGCCACAGCCACAGCCACAGCUACAGCUACAGCUACAGCCACAGCUACAGCCACAGCUACAGCUACAGCUACAGCUACAGCCACAGCUACAGCUACAGCUACAGCCACAGCUACAGCCACAGCUACAGCCACAGCUACAGCCACAGCUACAGCCACAGCCACAGCUACAGCUACAGCAUGCCCUCCUCUCACAAAUAA